AUGAUGAUGUCUUCGGCCCUACUCACAGGCAAGGAAAUAGUUGGCACAGGAGUCAGUGUCAAAGAAGAGCUCAGCGAUGAUGUCACUGAAGAUACAUGCCUGGAAAUUAAAGAGGAGCUACUUGAUUAUGGAGAUGAAGCGAGAAAUGAUGUGUUAACAUGAAUAUAAUACAUGAAAGUCAUUUCUUUCAUAACCUUCCUGAUCUAAGACGUAAGGCACAUGCAAAAGAUUUAUGUAACUUGGUUCAGGAUUGUAAUGACAUGUCAAAAGUGUCAUUUGGGGCUAAGGACUGUGGGAAGCCGUGUUCAUCAGAUGGGGUUCAAGUGAUGUACGAGGGAAGACUGAAGGAGGAUACACAACUAAAAUUGGAAUCCACAAGGAAAUGUUUUGAAUGUCAGGUGUGUGGCAAGGAAUUGUCUAAAGAGAGUCACAUCAGGAUUCACAUGAGAGUCCACACAAAGGAGAAGCCAUACAACUUUGAUAUUUGCAAUAAGACAUUCCCAUCCAAAAGUGAUCUUGAAAGGCACGAGAGCUGCGAGAUUUGCAACAAUGCAUUCUCAUGUAAAAAGAAUCUGUUGAGGCACAUGAGAACACAUACAAAGGAGAAGCCAUACAGCUGUGAGAUUUGCAAUAAGGCCUUCUCUGAGAGAGGUAACCUAGUAGCGCACAUUAGAGGACACACCAAGGAGAAACCAUACUGCUGUGAGAUUUGCAACAAGUUCUUCUCAUAUAAAUCUAGUCUAGAGACUCAUGGGAGAAGGCAUAGAAAGGAGAAGACAUACAGCUGUGAAAUUUGCAAAAAGGCCUUCUAUUUGAAAAGUCGUGUAGUAAGGCAUAUGAGAGUGCAUACAAAAGAGAAACCAUGCAGCUGUGAGAUUUGCAAUAAAAACUUCUCACAAAAAUCUGUUCUAGUAAUCCACAUGAGAGUACACACAAAAGAGAAGCCAUACAGCUGUGAGAUUUGCAAUAAGGCCUUCUCAUACAGAGGUGGUCAAGUAAGCCACAUGAGACUUCAAACACAGGAGAAAUCAUAUAGCUGUGAGAUUUGCAAUAAACACUUCUCAAAUAUAUCUAACCAAAUACAACAUAUGGGAAUACAUACGAAGGAGAAGCCAUACAGCUGUGAGUUUUGCAAUAAGGGUAUCUCAUAGAAAUCUAGUUUAGUGAGAUAUAAGAGUACAUACAAAAGAGAAGCCAUACUACUGUGAGAUUUGUAAUAAGGCCUUUGCUUUGAAAGGUAAUUUAGUAAAGCACAUAAGAGUACAUACAAAGGAUAGGCCAUAAGCCAGAUGCAUCUUAGAUAUUAAAAGUUAUCUUUUUUCUGAUUUGUGUUGGAUAUGUUAUUUUUAAUAUGUAAUUUUGUCAAGUUUGAUCAAGUUUUAGUCAUUAUGAUUUCUGUUUAGUCUCCAUAGACUUUUUAUCUACAUGCAAUGCUGUCCCUGACCAGGGGUGAUUGGAAAGUUGGCCACGAAUGUCCACAGUGUUCAAAGAAGAUGCUCCUCCCCUUCAUUAAAAAAAGUCAUAGAUAUGGAAGUCGAUGGCUGAUUUAUACAUGAGUGUUCUGACUUCUAGCAUGAUUUUAGAUCAAGAUCACAGGAGGAAACUUCUUCUAUUUUAUAUAAAGUAGUAUGUGAUUUUUUUUUUUUUUACGAAAUGUAAGUGCAUUCAAGGAGAUGAUUUUGAUAUAUACGAGUCAACAUGCACAAACACACAUAUUUUCAUCUGGGUAUCUAUUUAUCUGUGCAUAUCAUGAAAUAUAUUAAUCGGCAAUCCUACCUUUCUCAUGCCAUAAGAAAGAAUACAAUAUGACUUAUUGUUAGCAUCUUUAUAUAAGUAUAAAUGAAAAUGAAUAUAUAUACCACAUGAGAUAUAUUGGAAAGUUGCAUUACAUCUUUAGAAAUACAUUUGUACUUCUAAUUUAGAUAUAACCAUUAAAUGCCUUGGUUGCAUGUGAAGCUAUCCAUUCUCAUCCAUACCUCAUAUCUCACAGACACACACA